GUUGAAACGACAAGUUUGAAAAAAAAGAAAGAAAGAAGGAAAAGCAAGGGAAACAUAAGAUUUGAAAUUUGGUCCCAAUUCUUUCGUUGUUUGAACUUUGAAUGGCAAGAGAAAUGGUAGAAGCAAGUGCCCUCCGCAGUCAAAUGGCGGAGAUUCAGAAGAUUUGCAAUGACGACGAAUUAAACCCUUUGGAUGGCCACAAUUUACUCAACGACUGUGCUCUUCAUGUCGAGAGCAGAGUGGAGCAGAUUGUAUCGGAGUUCUCCGAUCUCGCAUUUUUAGGAAUUCAAGAUUCCGAUGCUUACCUUGAGCAUUUGAAAGAGGAACUUAAUAAGGUCGAGGUUGAAACCACCCAUGUUGCAAACCAGAUUGACCUUCUCGCCAAAACUCAUAACGAUCAUCGUAUUACCUUGGGGGCCAAACUUGAAGAAUUGGAAUGUUCUUUAGAUUAUAUUACAUCAAAGGAUCAGAAGACAUCAGAGGCUACUGAAGGCAGUGAUUCCCCAAUGCUGGCAGAUGAUUGUUCUAAUUUGACCGUUGUCAAUCUAGACAAGAAUUUAGAGCAAUUAGAACUUGCUAAUAAGAUUGAUGAAAUGAAGUCAGUUCUAAAGUCUUUGCAGGAUCUUCAGUGUAAGGUCAAAUGGUUUGAUGCUGUGGAGCAGAUUGAGGAUGCAUUGACGGGUCUAAAAGUUCUUGCAUUUGAUGAGAAUUGCAUUAGGUUGUCAAUGCAUACUUACAUGCCAAAAUUAGAAGGUCUUUCAUGCUUCGAGAUAGCUGAAGAUACCAUUGAUGUAGCUGAGCUGAAUCAUGAGUUAUUAAUUGAAGUUUUUGAGGGGACUAUGAAGUUAAAGAAUGUUCAGGUUUUUCCAAAUGAUAUAUAUGUUAAUGACAUUGUUGAUGCGGCAAAGUCUGUCAGUAAGUCCUCAUUGCAGUGGUUUGUACAAAAAGUGCAAGAUAGAAUUAUACUAAGCACACUUAGGCGCCUUGUGGUAAAGGAUGCUAAUAAAUCGAGAUAUUCGCUUGAAUAUUUGGACAAAGAUGAGAUUAUAGUAGCUCAUAUGGCUGGAGGAAUUGAUUCAUACAUAAAGUUGUCUCAUGGUUGGCCACUAUUUGGUUCUCCAUUGAAUCUGAUAUCCAUCAAGGUAUCAGAUAAUUUGAAGAGAACUUCUCUAAGCUUUCAUUGCAAAGUUGAGAAGUUGGCUAACUCUUUAGAUACUCAUAUUCGGCAAAAUAUAUCGAGCUUCGUUGAUGCAAUUGAAAAAGUACUUAUAAAACAGUUGCAGUUUGAUCCUCCAGCCAGUGAUAGUUCAGGCUAAGGAUAUUCUCAUAUAUGCCAUGCUCAUUGUAGAUACCUCUGGAAUCUCUGUAUUUGAUUGAAAUUCUUUGUCACCUGCUCAAACUCGUGUUAUCUACUUGGUGAAACAAAUGUCUUAAAAAGAUGAUUUUCUGCAUUUUAGACUGGAAACUGACAUGCUAAAUAGGUAUAUUUGGCAUUUGAAUGAUCUUG